AUGUCCCGCCUACGAGUCUCCGUCGUCCAAUCCUGUCCUCCUCAACUAUCUCUCUCCUCUCGUUCACCAUCCGAAUCCCUCUCUCUAACACUCUCAAAGCUCGACGCCCUCACAGCCCAAGUCGCUGCCCAAAACUCCGGGUUUGCCGUCUUCCCAGAAGCGUUCAUUGGUGGAUACCCCAAGUUUGCUACGUUUGGAGCGACGAUAGGUGAUAGGCAGCCUGAGGGGAGGGAUGACUACCUCGCCUACUGGUCCGGUGCCAUCCCUCUCCCAGCAACAUCCUCCUUGCCCGUCCCUCCUGGUUCGCCCGUAUUAGCAGAGUACACAGCGCUGCAGCAAAUCCUUUCCACUUCGUCAAAACACGGCGUCUUCCUCGUCUUGGGGGUCAUAGAGCGCUCGGGGGGAACGCUGUACUGUACCCUGCUCGCUGUGCACCCCGAGCAUGGCCUGGUGGGCAAGAGGCGCAAGCUGAUGCCCACUGCGGCGGAGCGUGUCGUCUGGGGCCAAGGGGAGCCGGAGGACUUGGACGUUCUCGUCACUCGUGUCAAAGGGCUAGGCAGUGAGGAAGAAGCAGAAGAUGUCCAAGUGCGAGUGAGCAAGUCCGUUUGUUGGGAGAACUACAUGCCCUUGCUACGCACCCACUUCUACUCGCAGAACGUCCAGCUAUAUUGUGCGCCUACUGUUGACUCCCGUCCUGCCUGGGAGCAUAGCAUGAUCCACAUAGCGCUCGAAGGCCGUUGUUUCGUCCUCUCUGCAUGCCAGUUCUCCCAGCAGUCGAACUACGGCCCUGCGCACCCCGUUGGUCCAGGACAGGAAAGGGAUAGCGAGGGAGUGGUCAUCGCCGGUGGGAGCUGUAUUAUCAGCCCUAUGGGAGAGGUGCUUGCUGGCCCACUUCGAGGACGUGAAGGUGUGUUGACGGCAGAGAUUGACCUCGAGGACUGUGUGAGGGGGAAGAUGGACCUCGACGUUACUGGGCAUUAUGCACGUCCAGACGUCUUCCAGUUAACAGUGCGCACCAAAUGA